GCGCGGCGCGGCAGGGGCAGCCUUCCACCACGGAGAUCCCAGCUGUCAGCUGCCUCAGGGGAAGAUGCGGUAUCAGCGGGAUAGCCCUGGCGUAGGUGUGCGUGUGGCCACGGCCCUGGGAGUGCUGUGGCUCUGCCUCACAGGCGCCCUGGAGGUUCUGGUCCCUGAAGACCCGGUGGUGGCCCUGGUGGGCACGGACGCCACUCUGCGCUGCUCCUUCGCGCCCGGGCCCGACUUCAGCCUGGCGCAGCUCAAUCUCAUCUGGCAGCUGACAGACACCAAACAGCUGGUGCACAGCUUCGCCGAGGGCCGCGACCAGGGCAGCGCCUACGCCAACCGCACCGCGCUCUUCCCGGACUUGCUGGCGCAGGGCAACGCGCGCAGCGUGCUGAGGGUGGUGCUGAGCGCCAACGGCACCUACAGCUGCCUGGUGCGCAACCCCGUGCUGCAGCAGGACGCCCACGGCUCCGUCACCAUCACAGGGCAGCCCAUGACCUUCCCCCCUGAGGCCCUGUGGGUGACCGUGGGGCUCUCCAUCUGCCUCGUCGCGCUGCUGGUGGCCCUGGCCUUUGUGUGCUGGAGGAAGGUCAAACAGAGCUGUGAGGAGAACGCAGGGGCUGAGAACCAGGAUGGGGAUGGAGAAGGAUCCAAGACUGCCCUGCGGCCUCUGAAACACUCUGAAAGCAAAGAAGGUAAAGACACGUGGUACUUGAGCCUGGGUCUGUGUGCUGUGCAUCUGUGUAUAGGAGGCUGGGAGGGUUCGCAGCUUCUGGAUACCUCACCCUACCCCAUCCCUAAUCCUUACCCAUGGGGUGGGGGCAGAAACUGGAGAGAGGACUGUAGCCUCUUGCCACAACUGGGGACUCUGAUGGUUUCCAGUGUCUUGCUGGGUGUGAGCCUGGAACAGCUGGCAGGUGGGCAGGUGGCCAUGGGCCCCCAGACCUGGGAUAGCAGCAGCCUAGGGGACUCCUGA